AUGACAUGUCAACCUCGUAUUGAUUUCAGAUCCCGACCUCCACGGCUGCCACGUCAUCCCAGAGCUGGAUGAAAGUCUUGUCAAAACACCACCAUUUGUCACGGCCGUUUAACCUGGAGCUGACACCAAGAAAAUAUCAGCUGAGAAACCCACAACUGUUAAAUGCAAUAUUGUUGUUACUUUACUUUUCAACAAACAAGAACAAUUUACAUGUCAAUGUCUCCCCACUAUCUCUCAUGGAUCUCAUAUUCUUUCUAGUGCUCAAAGCUUCUCCAAAGAAGAAGAUUUUAUAGCAAAUUCAAGAUUACCCAGUUCACUUUUGGGGUUAAUUUUCCAUCCUGUUGAGUAUUUGGUUGUUGGCUUGGCGUUUCUAGGCAAAAUGGCCUGGAAAUAUAAAACUGGCUUGGGAUUGAUUGGCGCAGUUGUGUUCAUAUGGGUCGCUUCCGCAGAGAUCACUCAGCUUCCAUUUCUUAUUUCCUGCAGAACAUCUUUGAAAAGUAUAAACAGCCGUUCGCACUUACAUAUCUUGGGGUGUCUCUCAUGGUAGUCUAUCUACCUAUAGCUUUUAUAAAAGACUGGUUCUGUAGUUUAUUUCACACUUACUUGUUCAAGGGCGUCUACAGUGGCAGCUCUGUUAGUAGCUCUUCUACGGGACUUGAUAUCCCGCUUACAAUCAAUGAUGUGUACCAAGGCCCAGAAACUGAAGCCUGUUGCUGCCUAGUAACUGACAGGGAGGAGGGGUGGCCUGUGAUUGUGAAGAAUGGUGAUGAAGAACCCCCCUUGCUUGAACGGAGUUGCAAAAUUAGUUCAUGGGAAGUUGCCAAGUGCAGUUUAUGUCUUGCUCCAAUCUGGUUUCUGACAGAGUAUCUAUCAAACUCAGCUUUAGCAAAUACAAGUGUUGCAAGUACAACUGUCUUAACUUCUACGUCGGCAUUCUUUACUCUUUUCUUUGGAGGUAUUCUUGGUCAGGACUCCAUCAAUUUUGCCAAGUUGGUUGCUGUUUUUAUCAGCAUGGCUGGUGUAGCCAUGACCACAGUUGGAAAAACUUCAGCAGCAGAUGAAAUGCUAAGCGUCUCCGAGGCAAGAAGGCAUUCAAUCAUGGGGGACAUAUUUGGGCUUUUCUCAGCAAUGUCAUCUGGCUUAUUUACAGUGCUGCUCAAGAGAUGUGCUGGAUCAGAAGGCGAGAGGGUUGAUAUGCAAAAAUUCUUUGGCUACAUUGGUCUUUUCACUCUUUUUGGGCUUUGGUGGCUUUUGUUUCCACUGAAUGCUGUGGGGAUUGAACCAGCAUUCAAAUUACCACAUUCGACAUUUGUGGAUGAAGUUUUGCUGUUAAAUGGCUUUGUAGGGAGUGUUCUGUCAGAUUACUUGUGGGCACUUUCUGUGAUUUGGACAACUCCACUAGUCGCAACAUUGGGCAUUUCCUUGACAAUACCACUUGCAAUGUUAGGUGACAUGGUUAUACAUGGCCGUCAUUACUCUGCAAUCUACGUCGUUGGAUGUAUUCAGGUAUUCUAUAUAUACCCAUAAGAGCAUCAUUACGCUUGAGACAUCGCAAAUCCUAGGCUGCAUCUCAUGAAAGCCUGGGAAGUAUGUUUUAGUGGAGAUUGAACCAGCAUUCAAGGGAGAGUUAUAGCAGCAGCAGCAGCAGCAGCCGUGAAUGCACAAAAAUCUUGAAGAAUGGACACUUGUUCCUCCUGUUUUAUAUUGUUAAGAUAAGUAGUUGUUUAGUCUGUCAAGAGCUGCCCUGCUGCGUUUGGCUGAUGCAGUGUUCUGUAAUGGAAUUCCAUCUGAAAAAUACAAUAAAAUAUCAGUUAAUCUAAUUUCUAAGGUUACAUGAGAAUUACUUGUAACCACCCACGUCGUUGAUUUGUAUUCUGUUUCUGUAGGAAAUUUCUAAUUUGUAAUACAUUAAUUUAAAAUUAAUUGUGGCAUUUUAGCUUUGAUUAGAUUACU